GGCCGCUGGGUGCGCACCUGCCCCGCCUCCGCCAGGCGGGCCUCCGGGCGUGCAGCGGACCGGGGGCGGGGCUCCGAGGCCAGAUCGCGGAGGCCGGCCCUAGGGCAGCCUCGACCUGUCAGAGCCCGCCAUCCUCGCGAUGCUGCUCGUGGAGGACGACCGGCCUGAUCCCGUGCUCAGCGGGCUGCACGAGCUCGCGCUCUUGCUGACCCCCGAGCCCGGGGCCGAGGCAAGGGAGGUGGAGGCAGCCAUCGAGGGGAUGCUCCUCCUGCUGGAAGAGUUUUGCAGCCUGAUGGACACGAUCAGGAGCGACACUUCACAGAUCUUGGAGGAGAACAUUCCGCUCCUUAAGGCCAGAGUGACAGAAAUGCGAGGCAUCUAUGCCAAAGUGGACCGGCUCGAGGCCUUCGUCAGGAUGGUUGGGCACCACGCUACCUUCCUGGAAGCCCACGUGCGGCAGGCCGAACACAACUGUGGUGCCUUCCCACAGACCCUGCGCAGGUGGCUGGGUUCAGUGUGGCCCUCGUCCUUCAGAAAGAAACCAUCUGCAGCAGUGCCUGCGGCGGUUGAGCUGCCCACACUGUUCCGGAUGGAGGACUACUUCCCUGCAGACACCCCAGAGGUGCAGCGUCGUGGCCCCGACUGCCUCAGCCCCUGUGAGCUUUGCCAUCCUGCUGGGAUGUGGGACUGAAGCCCCGUACACAGAGUUGCUUCCCCUUUGUCAGUGGUUUGGUUUUUUUGCAUUUCCUCCCCAUGGAGUCCAGAGUACCUAUGGGGACCCCCAUGUGCCCGUGCUUGGUGAGCCUGGUAGCGCCUGCCCCAUCUGUCAGCCUGCUGUGCUGGGGCCAAGGUGCUUGGGUGGCUGGGCCGGAUGAAGGCUGUGGGGCUGAUGCAGCUGCCCUGCCACCAGGCCCAGGGCUGCUGGCCUCUGUCCAUCCAUUGCCUGUACAUCCUGGGCCCUGGCCCCGUGGGUUGUCCCAGUAAAUGUGUCACAACUUACUGGUGGUCUGGGCAUGAGAACAAGGGGAUGACAACUUCUUCCUUGCUGUGUAUGGUCUCUCAAAGGUCCUCUAUGCCCCAUGGUGCCCUGCUCACGGCAGGCUAUGCCUUCCGUCCCCAGGGCUGUGGGGGAGCAGGGCCUGGAGGACUGUGGUCUCCAACGUGCAUUCACUUCUGUCAUCUGCUUGUGAGCUUCCUGCAGUUGUCUCAACCCUGUAGAGUGCUCACUGUAGCUUUGAGCUGGAGUGUAGAUUUCUGGGGCUCCUUGCAGGGCCACGAAAAAAAAAAAAAAAGCAGUUCCACACGUACAGCUAGAGGGUUACAAUUUCCAGGAAGGGUAAAUUAAUGAAUCUGUCAAGAUAGAGGUGGGAAAGCAAGGAGUAAGUUGGGUUGUGCCAAUUUUGGAAACACUUUGGGAAUUAAAAGAUGCAGAUGGGGCUAAAGAUACAGCUCAGUUAAAAAGCAUUUUCUCAGCAUGCGGGAGACCCUGAAUUCAAUCUCCAGGGCAACAAAACCAAACAAACAAAAAAGCAAUAAAGAUACUCAGGAAGCUGAAGCAGGAGAACGGCAAGAUUCUAAAUUUGGGACCAGCCCCAACAGUUUACUUGUACAUUUAAUUUACUACUACAUUUAGAAUUCUGGGUCUGUGCACUCAAAAUUAUAAAACAGCCAAAAAACCCCAGCUGGGAUGUAGCCCAGCGUGAAGGCUCUAGGUUCAAUCCCCAGUAUGGCAAAAGGGGCACCUCAUUAGAUUUUUCACAAGGAGAACCUAGCCACAGUGUCAGCACCGGAAGCCCCCCUCGAGCCCCCUUUCUGUCUGUACCCACCCCCAAACCCAGACAUCUGAGAGGCGGGGCUGGCUCUGUGGUCCCAGGGGCAGAGGGUGUGGAAUGCGUGGUACACUGCAUGUGUCCCUCUGUGUCCAGCUCAGGGCUGCAUGUCGCCCCUGCGGGCUGUGGGUUGCAUCCCUGUUGCUGUGUAGCUGUGUGUCGUUAAUUCUCAUGGCUGCUUUGUAUUGAUUGGGGCUGCUUUUAACGACGGGAGCCUCCACACUCACCAUGCUGUCUGUUCACAGAGAGCACAGAGCAAAAAUUCAUUUUUACACAAGCAGUUGAGGACACCAGUUUUCAGAAGGCCCCGUAUCUGUUGAUUACAGGAGAAUUACAGUCUUCUUCCCCCUUCCCAGACUGAACCAGGGGCCAGGGAGAGGAGGAAGGUAGUAUCACAUGACUAAGCCACAGUAACAAAAGAGUCCUGUGUUAGAGACCUUCGGGGCUGUGGGUGAAAGUGACUUGCCCAGGGGGCAGCUUCAUCUGCAGAGCUCAGCUCUGAGACCCUGACUUCAUUGCUUACCCUCUCUGAAUCCAGACUCUUCCUCAGUAAGAUCCAUGAGUGACACAGGCUGUUGUGACAUGAGGUGAGCCAUGUGCUUGGCCCACGCUCUAACCCCAGACACUUGGGUAAUGGUGUCUGCACUGUGGUCACCACGUUUGACAGGGAAGGGGACUGUACUGUUUCUCACUUGACCUCAUGCUUUCAGGCAGAGGUCUGUCUUAUCACCUGCAAGUGAGAGGCAUCCCUGACUACCUACUCUGGCAGCUGCCUGUCCUGGGCUUGGGGUGACCUCAGCCCAGGAAAGGGUGGCUUGCUUCUGUGGCUGUUGCUGGACAGAGCAGCAUGGGAAGGGCUCUGAAAAUUUCCACAAGAGCCACUUGCCUGGGACAUGGGCUUCAUGCCCAUGGACGCCAGAGGUUUCUGCACAGCCACCCAGGAGACAGUAUCUGGUCACAGAAAUGUGAGGUUCACACUAAACAGUUUUUAAAUGCUUUGUGGGCUGGGGAUUUAGCUCACUGGUAUAAGUGCCUGUCUGGCAAGCCCAGGUCGUGAGUUUGAUCCCUGGAGUGUUUUUGCAUUGAGACAAAUGUCCAACUAUCUGGAAUAGAUAAAUCAGUGGUCACAGAUCUUUUAGAGACCAACUGUCCAAACUGUGACCCAAAACCCAAUUAUCACAAAGGGCCAAUGCUGCAAUUAAAUCUGGAUAUGGAGGUUUUUAGUUUAGAAACAAACUCACACAUUAAUGUCUUUUUUUUUUCCCUUUUUGAGACAAGGUCUCACUAUGCAGCGCAGGCUAGCCUUGAACUCACAGUGAUUCUCCUGCCUCAGCCUCCCAAGUACUGGGAUUACAGGUGUGUGCCACCAUGCCCAACCACAUUAACAUCUUUGGUUUUAAAAACAACAAUAACAGAGCUUUCAGUGAUACAAACAGCUCUUUAUUGGAAGGCAGAAGUUCAUAUUUGGCAUUCUUUUGACAGUUACUGUGGUCUCUGCUGUUGUUUGCAUACUGAUAAUUUGUCAAACCUUGGUUUAUACUUGGUUUGUUUGAAAGCGACCCAUGCUGCACUCGGGUCAUCCAUUAGUCUGUUUUUAUACCAGAUUUAAUGUAAUUCAGAGCUGAAAACAGCUGCUCACAUGCAUAAGGGAAUCCAAACAAAAUAAGAAGAGCAAUCCCAAGUGCAUUCAUUGACUUUUGGUAGAGAAUCCUACACUUCGAGGGUUUCAUUUUCAGGACCACCAACUCUGCCACCCUUUGUCAUCCUUUUGCACGCUCCUUCUCUCUGUUGCCCGCAGGUCACAAGAUUUAUUUUUCCAGAUGGAGCUUUUUGAAAUUCCAAUAGCUCCAUUUCCAGAUUUCCAAACUCUAACCAGUGUAAGCAGGGAAGAUCAAGUUCUUCAAAUGUGGCUCUAUCUGGAGAAGAAAACACAGGGUUGUCUCCAUCUUACAGAACUGUAAAAAUCUGUUACUAAAAUUUUCCUUCACAGCUGCUACAAUGCUAGAAAACUCCUUACAGAUUUCCUGAUAGUUUAUCGGAUUGUCAUGAAACGUAGAAUUUUCUAAAUGCAUUUUUAGAUUUGGAAAAUAUUCCAGCUGCCCACUUUCAAGGUCUCUUUCAAAAACCUGCAGUUUUCUCUCAAAUGUUUUGAUAUCACAAAACAUCCAAUCUGCGGUUUUCCCCACACCUUGUAUUUUUUUUUGUUGUUGUUCAGUACAUUGAAAUGUGGUGUAAAAUCUGUAAACAGAAGGUUGUUAAGCCAGGCCAUACCAGUGGGCUGUGGUGUUCCUGCCCCUUUUCAUUCAUAAACAGCCUGAUUUCCUCUGGGCAGGCUACAGAUCUCUCUAGGACUUAACCUCUGCUCAGUCACUGGACAUUAAGAUACUAAGUAAAGCAUUAUAUUGGGCCUGAACCUCAUCAGGAAGUGCUUGAAACUGUUGAAAAUUAAGAGCAUAAGCCAUGAUGUAAUUCUCCAUUUUUGCGACAUCUUUGAGGAUAUUGUCUAGUUUUGGCUGCUUUCCCUAGAACAAAGAGCUUUACUUUUUUUUUUUUUUUUUUUUUUGUCUUUUUGAGACAGGGUCUCGCUAUGCAGUUCAGGCUGGCCCUGAGCUUACUUUGUAGCCCAGGUUGGCCUCGAACUUGCAAUGAUUCUCCUGCCUCAGCUCCCCAGUGCUGGGAUUACAGGGAUGCACCACCCCAUCCUCUCAAAUUGCUUCUUGAUGUAUAGUACAAUAAAGCUGAAUGACUGGAUAUUUUGCUGCUUUAAAAAAAGAACUGUAUGAAACCAGGUGUUGCCCCCACCAUGGAAAGUACCCUCCGUCACUAGUAAUUGAAACUAUUUUUUCUGGUCUUAUGUCUUGUGGAAAAAAAAAAACAUCACAGCAUUGUAGAUAUCUACCCAUUGUGUUCUUCCAGGCAGAGACACCUGUUUCAUCAGCUCUUCUCAUGAUGUCAGCAGCAGCAUACCAUAAAAGUACAGAGUCCUGCAUGAGUGUAUCAGUGCUUUUAUACGAGCACCGGAGUAACAGGCUGCCUGCUGUAAGUCAGCAGUGGGCUGCUAACAUCACUUGUCACGUGCAGGACUCGAUCUUUUUUUUUUUUUUUUUUUGUCAUUUUCCUUUUCAUCGGUACCAGGGCUCGAACUCACGACUGCCUGCUUGCAAGGCAGGCGCUUAUGCCACUGAGCUAAAUCCCCAGCCCCACAGGACUUGAUCUUUAACAGGAUUUCUGCCAAGUGGCAUCUCAGAGAUUCGUUGCCUAACUGUAUCCCAGUUUGGGAAAAUGUGAAAAAGAGAAUCACUCCCAGACAACAUGGCCAUUUUGAUAAAAUCCCGUCAGAGGGAUAUGCCAUGCUUUGCUAUGCACAGUACAGUUUGAAAGCUGGCAGCUGUCAGAUGAUUUGUUUUAGAAAGAUAGGGGCAAAAGCUAGGGUACUGGGCAUGGAUUUCCUCAAUUUCCUUCUGAAAAACUCAGUUUCAUUGAGUUUGGCAACAAUCUUGUGGUUGGUGUGAAAGUGCCAUCUGACACCUGGUGUGUGACACACACCACUUUCACUACACAGCACAUGUAAUGCUGUCCCAUGGCGUUCAGCCACUCAAAUGGCUGUCCAGGCCCCUGGGAUGGUCUUCCACUAUCUCUUUUCUGGUUCACUUUUUUUCCCUGUGAUCAUUUUUUGGUGCUCCAGACUUGAGUCUACAAAGUUUAAAAAAAAAAAAAUGGAGCAUCUAAUACAAAUCCCAGUAUCAAAAAUAUCUGACACCAUGAAUUAACAUUAAAUAAUUGGAUAUUCCCUAAGUCAACAGUCUACAGCAGUGACUGUCAGCUAGGUUCUUGUUGAAUUUUUCGACCACCAGUGCAAGGGGGCAAGGUUCCACUGACCACCAGCCUUUGGGUGCUCUACAAAAGGCAACUGAGUGCAUUUCUUGCCUGGUGAGGGCUUCUGCUAAAAUCACAGCCAGUCCAAACAAAUAUAUAUAAUCUAUCCUUGCUCACUUCCAUAAAUUCUUCACAAAUAAUCAGAUAUGCUACAGAUUCAUAUAUGCAGAGGGCAGCACAUGAAAAGAACCUCAGUCUCUCAAUUAGAACAUCUCUAUGCUAAAGCUUUGGUGUUAAAUUUCAGUUUUUUCAUAAGAAAACAGAAUGCUAAAAUCAUGUUAAUAAAAACAAACCUAUUAAAACAGCCAGUCCAAGCACA